AGAUGGAGAGUGGGGAUGACGGUGUCCUGCGCUGCCGCAGAGCUUUACCUAAGAUGCCCACCAUUUCAGACCUGGAUGACAUAGGUGGAGAGGGCAGCAAUGGAGAGAACCCUUGCAAUGGAGAGAUCCACAGUAAUGGUGUGAGAAUGAAGCUUGAUUAACAGGUGUCAGAGCUAAAUGCAACACAGAUGGUUGAAUAGUUGGACAGUGUUUAUGCUUAUGAGUAAGAAUGAACUAUGUGGGGGGGACAUUAACAGGAUAUAGAUGGUGCAAUUCUUAGGUCAUGGGUUGAGCUCUAAAAUUCCAUAGAAAAGGCAUUGUUUUAUUUCCACAUUGUCAAUGGCCAAACCUCAGUCUAAAUUCUUUGUGAAGAUAACCUGGAUUAACCCCAAGUACAGACAUUCAGUCAUGGGUGUGUUUGAAAGGUUAUACAGUGGCACUUCCUUAAACCCCAGUAGCUGUUUGUCACUAGUCAUUUCUUUAUAGUGGUUACAUUUGCUUUCUCAAGACCAGUCUUCAUUGACUCACAAAUGACUAAGUGCCUCAUGGAACUUCCCUGACCUGUCCUGUUGCCCGGUUCGUUACAAAGUUUAAAUUUCUUAUCAGAAUCCUUUGUCAACAGCAAUCAACUGUUGGUUGUUAUCUGUAGAACUAUAUCCGGUCUAAAGGCUACAUGGUAGUGUACUACUUCAGCACAUGUUCAUUUGACCCUGUUUGAAGAGGAAGAUGGAUUUAACCACACCUCAGCUAGCUCUGUUCCUUGUCCUUAAAUUCCCCUGAGACUGUGCUUAUUAUUUCCCAUGGGGAAUAAUGGCCAAUUGUCCACCCACUAUAUUGAUUCAGGCAUUUAUGUAAAUAUUGAACAUGGUAUUGUUUACUCAUAGUAUGCCUAUAUCCAUCCUCCUCCUGGGUAACCUGGCAACUGUAUUGGUCCUGAAGUCAUUUGGGAUUCAUAUUACUCACCGGCACUGGUAGACUUUGGAACGAAAUGAAUACGAAAGUCUGACCCAUGAUUUAUUGCUUUGCGUUAAUUACAUUUUCUCCAUUUAUUUCAGGAAAAAUGGAAGUGGAGCAACUCAUCAGCAAGAAACUCCAACUGAAGAGGAAAGCAGAGGUGAGACUUAGAACAGAAUGUGUUGUCAGCAGGUCAAAUGUGUUCUAUUUGUUCUGAGCCGGUGAUUAGAUGCUGAGUGCUGAUGUCACAUCCUCCUAACAAUGUUGUCUGUUCUCACGAGUCACCCGUCAUUGAUUGAGUCCCCAUGAUUCAACAAAGUCCUCUUAGUUCUGUCACUGUUUGUGGAUGUGCCUACUCGUUAGAAAAAAAGUGUUUUGUGCUUUGCUUCUGCACUGCCAAAUCCCUACUGGACUGAGUCAAUCUUCCUUAAGCCUAUGUAAGCUGUAGUAUUAUCAUUUCAAAAUCUGUCAAGCUGCUUUGCCUUGACUGUUAGUUUUCAAAUCCCGUCAUUAUUUGUGCAUUCAAAAAAGAGCUAAUAACUAAUCUGCAUCUCUCCCACUAUUUACAUGGCUGGAGAAUGGGAAAGUACAGCAAGAGGCAGUUCUGCUUUUAUGAUCUGAGUCAGUGGAUAUUGCAUAGGAAAGUACUGAAAUGCAUUGUAGGGGUCAACCUAGGUGACUGAGUGGCCAAACAAAAGUUUCACAAUGAAUUGAGAAGUGCAGACUGAAGAGAAAAAGCCACUUGAAACAUGUAUUGAUGAAUGGUGUAACUGGCUGGAAGUCUUAUUCACAUCUUAACGCAUCAUAAUAGAGACAGGUGAAAUUAACACGUCCUAUCUUUACUGUACACAAUACCCAAAGCAAAAACUCAAACCCAGAGAGCUCCCUUAUUUGCACACAAUGUAAGAGGAAGAGAGAAUGUGUAAGAGGGUUAUUGUAUUCUUAAAGCGGUCUUCUUGAGGGCUGUUUGUUUCCUAUAAAGGUCAACAAACCUCUACCCUCAUCAGCUGUUACUGUGCAAACAGAUAAAAUAGACCGAACAAUCACCACAGUCUUUCUGGACAUGAGGUCAUCAUUCAAACAUUUUUUUCUCUAGCUACAAAUGGUUACCUUACGGUCUGAGUUAAUGUUCGUCUCAUAUCAUGUCCGAUUUAAUAUUUGUCAAUAUGAUUAUGGAUUGAAAUAACUUUUUUUUUUACAACCAUCCUUUCUAUUUCACUGAAAACCGUAUGCCUUGUUGAUUGUGGAUGUUUCUCUGGUGUGCAGCACUUGAAGUCUGACCUGAUGAAGCAGUUUGACUCCCAGGUGUUGGAGUUCAUGGACAGUCUGAUAGAGGAGUCGACCAGCCUGGAGCCUGCACCUGUCCCUGCUGUCUUCUCCCCUCCUCUGUCCGAUAAGGAGAGGAGUAAGCUCAGGUACUGAGCCCCUCACUGCCCCCUUUUACCUUCCACCCUUCUCCUUUCUGACCUGCUCUCUUACUAUGUCAGAGGUCAACAUCUAUUUAAUUAUAUUUUGUCAAUGUUUUUUUUUUAUUCUAUUAGGCAUCUCCGAGGGUCAUCCCAGGGCCUAGGCAAACAGUUUGUGGUCCGGAGGUCCUUGUUAGAGUAAGUGACGAGUUAAUACUGGGCUGUGUGUGACUGCUUAUGACAAAAAGCUCCCUCAUCGAACACUACAUACAGUGGGGAGAACAAGUAUUUGAUACACUGCCGAUUUUGCAGGUUUUCGUACUUACAAAGCAUGUAGAGGUCUGUAAUUUUGAUCAUAGGUACACUUCAACUGUGAGAGACGGAAUCUAAAACAAAAAUCCAGAAUGAUAUGAUUUUUAAGUAAUUAAUUUGCAUUUUAUUGCAUGACAUAAGCAUUUGAUCACCUACCAACCAGUAAGAAUUCCGGCUCUCACAGACCUGUUAGUUUUUCUUCAAGAAGCCCUCCUGUUCUCCACUCAUUACCUGUAUUAACUGCACCUGUUUGAACUAGUUACCUGUAUAAAAGACACCUGUCCACACACUCAAACAGACUCCAACCUCUCCACAAUGGCCAAGACCAGAGAGCUGUGUAAGGACAUCAGGGAUAAAAUUGUAGACCUGCACAAGGCUGGGAUGGGCUACAGGACAAUAGGCAAGCAGCUUGGUGAGAAGGCAACAACUGUUGGCGCAAUUAUUAGAAAAUGGAAGAAGUUCAAGAUGACGGUCAAUCACCCUCGGUCUGGGGCUCCAUGCAAGAUCUCACCUCGUGGGGCAUCAAUGAUCAUGAGGAAGGUGAGGGAUCAGCCCAGAACUACACGGCAGGACCUGGUCAAUGACCUGAAGAGAGCUGGGACCACAGUCUCAAAGAAAACCAUUAGUAACACACUACGCCGUCAUGGAUUAAAAUCCUGCAGCGCACGCAUGGUCCCCCUGCUCAAACCAGCGCAUGUCCAGGCCCGUCUGAAGUUUGCCAAUGACCAUCUGGAUGAUCCAGGGGAGGAAUGGGAGAAGGUCAUGUGGUCUGAUGAGACAAAAAUAGAGCUUUUUGGUCUAAACUCCACUCGCCGUGUUUGGAGGAAGAAGAAGGAUGAGUACAACCCCAAGAACACCAUCCCAACUGUGAAGCAUGGAGGUGGAAACAUCAUUCUUUGGGGAUGCUUUUCUGCAAAGGGGACAGGACGACUGCACCGUAUUGAGGGGAGGAUGGAUGGGGCCAUGUAUCGCGAGAUCUUGGCCAACAACCUCCUUCCCUCAGUAAGAGCAUUGAAGAUGGGUUGUGGCUGGGUCUUCCAGCAUGACAACGACCCGAAACACACAGCCAGGGCAACUAAGGAGUGGCUCCGUAAGAAGCAUCUCAAGGUCCUGGAGUGGCCUAGCCAGUCUCCAGACCUGAACCCAAUAGAAAAUCUUUGGAGGGAGCUGAAAGUCCGUAUUGCCCAUUGACAGCCCCGAAACCUGAAGGAUCUGGAGAAGGUCUGUAUGGAGGAGUGGGCCAAAAUCCCUGCUGCAGUGUGUGCAAACCUGGUCAUGACCUACAGGAAACGUAUGAUCUCUGUAAUUGCAAACAAAGGUUUCUAUACCAAAUAUUAAGUUUUGCUUUUCUGAUGUAUCAAAUACUUAUGUCAUGCAAUAAAAUGCAAAUUAAUUACUUAAAAAUCAUACAAUGUGAUUUCUGGAUUUUUGUUUUAGAUUCCGUCUCUCACAGUUGAAGUGUACCUAUGAUAAAAAUUACAGACCUCUACAUGCUUUGUAAGUAGGAAAACCUGCAAAAUUGGCAGUGUAUCAAAUACUUGUUCUCCCCACUGUACAUUGUCCUUAAACUGAAAUGUUGCUGGCUCAGUAUUGUUGAUGUUUAUCAGCAUGGUCUCUGUCUCUUGUUUCACAGUGAGCUGUUUGAAGUGGACCACAUCCGGACCAUCUACCACAUGUUCAUCGCCUUGCUCAUCCUCUUCAUCCUCAGCACCCUGGUGGUUGACUUCAUUGAUGAAGGCAGGUGAGGUGUAGCACUGAUUCUUCACUGAUCUCUCUUUAAAUAUAAACUGCCGCUUCUCUAUUGCAGUGGCGAUUUUAGCAUGUAAAUCAGGUGGGCAAAAAAUAAACAGUGUGGUGCAUGCCAGCAAAGCCACUACACUAAACAAUACAUUAAUUGCAUUAUAACGGUGACAAACAAACUGUUAGGGCCUACAUAAAGCUGUCCCAACAGCAGUCCUAACAUGCUACACCUGGCUAUCAGCGGAGCCUUGUCUGGCAGCGGAACAGUUCAUUCGGCCUCAUUUACUGCCUUUAAAAAAAAAAACAUUGCUGACUUGCAUAAACAAAUGUGGUUUCUAAUGACAAUUGAGAUGUACAAACUAUGGCAUAAGGGGAUGACAAGCGGAUAAGGGGUCAUCCGUAAUUUCGAUUAAGACAUUAAUGAGCGAGCUAGGACGGACGUAGUCAAUAUAACUAUUUGUUCAGCACUUUUGAAAUGUACAGCGACAGAAUUCAGAACAUGGGCGGGUCUUAGUGUUCUCCCUGUACACCAAGUCAGAACUGUAGGAUAAAUAAAGGGGGCAUUUAAGCAGACAAUGAAACCUCUUACAAUAUUCGAUGAUUACAUUUCUCUAAAACAGGUCAAAGGCUACAUGUGCACCACCAAGUCAUAACAGUAGGUGAAUUUAAGAGGGGUAAAUAGACCAAACUAUUAGGGUGAGGCACAUGGGCUACUAACAUCUUACUACACAACAUACACUUAGUAUUACUUUCUUAGCUACAGUAUACAUAUCUCCCUGGCAGAUUAUAUAAUUUAUGCGGCAGCAUACAAUACAUUUUUGGACUCACCUUGUUGUGCUGAAGCUCACUUGAACAGGAAGGUGGCGCGGCGGUCCUUCGUGGGCAAAUGUUGUCAUCAAAGAAAGAGGCCGGAUUUACAGUUCCGAGUUGGAUGACUGUUCAAAACGUAUUUUCCCAGUCGGCACUCGUUUAUUCCCGACUUCCCAGUUGCAAUGCUUGCAGUUAGCCACUGUCACUGAGUUUUCUUCCAAACCACUCAUUGUUGAAUUUGCGAUUUCCAACUUGUUGUUUAUGUCCAAUGGCCGAUGAGCAUUGAUACGUUUUAUCUAUAAUUUCUCUUCAUUGUGUCUCUUCAUAUGACAAGGAUUAAAAAGGAUUUGCCAGUAGAUUGUCGACUUGAUUCAUGAUGACUGCUAGCUAAGAUUUUGAAAGUAAGAUGUUGACAUGAUCAGUCCAAUCAAAGCUACUGUACAUAUAACGUGAUUUGACGUCAUUUUAUCUGUGGCCAAUGACCUUGAGCCUUCUUGGAAGGGCACUUCUAAUGUAACGAUGGCAGCAACCAAUGGGCUUGAAUUUUCGAAGUAUACCCUUAGACUUGGCGUUGACUGAGUGACAGAACACUGAGCCAAUCACGGUGCAACAUUCUGUAUUUUCUGCUGGCUUGCCCCACCACAACAGAAAGCGCUGAGCUAGGCUGAAACACCUGCAUUUUGGAGCUGCCUUACUACUGUUUGUAUGCAGCUUUAUUAAUUCAAUGAUUUAAAAAAAAAUGUUUUACAUUGUUUGCAAACUGAUACGUGACGUGUAUUAAUGCCAAAAUAACAUGCAAAACAGGCACGCCCCAAAAAAGAAAUGUGGGGCUCAGAACAGGUGGGGCUCUGCCCUGAAUGACAGAUUGCCACUUUUUUUUUUUUUCAACCCCCCUCUUGCCCAGACUGGUGCUUGACUUUGACCUACUGGUCUACGUAUUUGGACAGUUCCCUCUGGUGGUGAUUACCUGGAUCUGCAUGUUCCUGUCAGUGCUGGUGGUGCCCUAUAGCUUGUUCCACACCUGGGCCUCUCACUACCGUGAGUCCAGGCAUGGGACCAUGUGGUCUCUUCUACUGGGCUCUCUCUUCCUGCUCUACCAGGGCCUGGGCCUGGGCUUCCUGCCCACCUUUGUGGUGGUGACGAACAGCUUUCCCCCUGCAUCCUGCUUCAUCAUCAUCCUGGAACAGGUACUCCAAAUGCAGUUCAUUAUUUUCUUGAUGUUCAGUCUAAUCAUGGACACGCAUUGUGAUUGGUUGACAACAUGUGCUGUCCCCCUGCAGGUGCGCCUGAUGAUGAAGGCACACUCCUAUAUCAGGGAGAAUGUCCCCAAAGUUCUGGCUUUGGCUAAAGACAAAUCCAGUAAGCAACUACAUGUUGUUUUUAUGUACACUGUAUCUUACAUUCUGUUUUUGUCUGCAGAUGUAUUCAGUUCCCUCUUUUUUUUUUUUUUUUUUUGUUCUCCAGGCUCCUCCCCAGUCAUCCCACAGCUGAGUCACUAUAUCUACUUCCUCUUUGCUCCCACCCUUAUUUACAGAGAUAAAUAUCCCAGGUAAGCAGAGUGUAAUGACAUAAGACCUAGUUUAAAUUGUGAUCAUACCUCUUGCAUGUUACACUCGGCUGCAAGAGCGCUAUUUACCUUUCUGUAAACACUCAAACUCUUGUUUCCCUCUGCAGGAAUCCCAUCAUCAGGUGGAGCUAUGUGGCCUCUAAGUUAUUACAGGUAUGAUUUGAGAAUCAAAAUGACUGCCGAGUUGAAGACCUUGACCAGAAGAUCAGUUCAGUUAUAUAGUUUCUCUCUGGUCUUUCAGGUUCUAGGCUGUCUCUUCUAUGCCUACUAUGUGUUUGUACGCCUCUGCAUCCCACAGUUCCGCAGCAUCAGCCAGCAACAUUUUGACCUGCGGGCAAUGGUCCUGUGUGUGUUCAACUCUAUCCUGCCAGGUAACUCCAGUCAACACAUCCUCACUCACAGCUUGUCUCAUUGGCAUCACAGUAUUCCUCCUGCAUGUUCACUAUAUUGUCUUCUGGAGGAUUCUGUUAACUACCUACAGCAAUAUUUUAAUGAAUGGAGGGAAAUCAUAUCAUCUCUGUGUGUCUCUCUCUUUCUCUAGGAGUUCUGGUUCUCUUCUUGGCCUUCUUUGCCUUCCUGCACUGCUGGCUCAAUGCCUUUGCUGAGAUGCUGCGGUUUGCUGACCGGAUGUUUUACAAGGUACACCUUUCCUCUGUCAUAUUACUAAUUUAGUCAAUCACUGACUAGAUCUACAUUUAAGUCAUUUAGCAGACGCUCUUAUCCAGAGCGACUUUACAGUUAGUGAGUGCAUACAUUUUCAUACUGGCCCCCCGUGGGAAACGAACCCACAACCCUGGUGUUGCAAGCGCCAUGCUCUACCAACUGAGCUACAGGGGACUACAGUACAUUAGCUACAGGGGACUACACUGCCUCAAUCAGCUCUUUGCUGUGUUCUUUUAAAAAAAAUAUAUAUAUAUAUAUUUAUUUAUUUUAAGAACACAGCAAAGAGCUAUAUAUUCAUUUUGCUUCACAGGAUUGGUGGAACUCAACAUCCUUUGCCAAUUACUACCGCACCUGGAACGUGGUGGUACAUGACUGGCUGUAUUACUAUGUAUACUGUGACUUCCUAUGGGUGAGCGUUGCUUUAUUGUUGCACUUGGCAUUAAUGUUAAUCUCUCUGUUUUUACGAUACUUAUGAAGUAUCCCUCCCAUUGUUUUGUAACUCUAACCUUAAACAAGCAAGCCAGUUGAGCAACUUUCAUCAAAUUAAAUGGAUCAAAUUUUGUCCAUGCCAAUCCUAACCCUCUGGUCUGUUGGCUGUUUUUUCCCUACUCCACUCCCUGACAGAUGUCGAAGAAGAGAUUUCGGGCGGCAGGCAUGUUAUUGGUCUUCACUGUGUCUGCAGUAGUGCAUGAGUACAUCUUGGCUAUCUGCUUCGGCUUCUUCUACCCAGUCCUCUUCUGCCUCUUCAUGUGCUUCGGAAGUAAGACCUUACCUUCAUUACAAUACAACAGACACAAUAUAAAAAAACAAGGUUUUUCUCAUUUUUGUGUUGUAUUUUAAUUUUUUUCCUAAAUCUUAACUGCUCUCAUUUCCUUUACUGUGCUGUUCUCCCCUCUAUCAACUUCUGUCAGUGAUGUUCAACUUCAUUCUUCAUGACCGGAGAAAAGGCCCAAUUUGGAACGUGAUCAUGUGGACCGCUCUGUUCCUCGGUCAGGGGGUAAUCAUCUGCCUCUACUCCCAGGAGUGGUAUGCACAGCGCUACUGCCCCCUUCAGGAGGUAAACACCACUGCACAUCUAGAAAACAUUCAUUUUUAGGCUCAUAUUUCAUGUCUGUUCAGAUAAAGGAAAAGAGACCAGGAGAGUAAUUCACUUUUAAACUAUUGAGAUGCAGCCUUAGAUCCAACCCAGUCUUUACAUGCCAUGUUUUUUUGUUUUGUUUAG